CGGCCAGCGCGCAUGCGGGCUUGAUGGAAUUACAUAAGGGUUAAGUCCUGCUCGGUGUCGGCCCCGCUUGUCUUGCCUUUCCAUGUCUCUCGCGCUCUGACCGUCCCAUCAUGGGCAAAGAACAGAAGUACCCCGCAAACGGCAGAGCCGUCGUCGAGUCCUCUUCGCGCUCGAACACAACGAGCGAGGCCUCCAGCUCGACGUCCAAGCUCGGCCAGUCCCGCACUUCCAUACUGCCAGCGGUCCUCCCCCAUCUCAGGCGCUCGAUCGAGGAGCCUACGACAGCUUCCAAAGAUGCUCUCCUUACCCUGCAGCUAUCCUCCCACCACAUGCUAGACUCGCUGGUGCACGACGAAGCAUCCGAUCAAGCCGUGUAUUCCAUCCAGACUACGGGGCCCUCUACAACUAUAACGCGGUCCGACCACUGGGACGAAACAACUGCUGCCGACAUACGAUGGCCCAAGACGCUGCCAUUAGGAAAGGGGCAAGAGGGGACGGGGGUGAGAAUUCAGAUGAACGGCCGGGACUGGCAGCCGGGGGAUUCGCUUCUUCGGUCGGGUUCGCGCUCAAAUCAUACCCAUAAAUUCAACAUUCCGGGCUACUCACAAUGCCUGAAGUGGAGACCACAGUCGGGCGCAUACUGGUGCACGACAGCCUCAGUCAAAGGCCCGAUUGCGAUAUUCGAACCGGCGACUGCCACGACGGCGCCCAAGCUCGUUGUGUAUGAGACCCUACGCGACAAAUACGACAGCCGAUCACGCAAUGAGCAUGGGGGCGUCUCCAUCUUACUCCUGGACUAUCUUAUCGCCACCGCGCUCCUUCUUGUAACAGAUGUGCAGGACUGGAUGGUGGUGCGGAAGUACGAGGGGCCUAUGCUGGACGUCGCGCCGCCAGAAGGUCUGGAUGGAGAAACUGAAAUGCCGCAUUCUCAUGCAACGAGCAACCGGCAGUGGCGCAAAAUCAUCUUCGGCGAACCGUUAUAUCGCAAGCGCUCGUUUUCCGCAGACAGCCUAUCGAGUUCUACGCCGUCCGACACGGUUCCCACCUCACCGGUAUCAGACGAUCUGGUCGAUAUCCCGCCAGAUGGGAACCCCCUGAAUUCCACGACGGUCGAGCAGGUAGUAGAACCUCAGGUGAACACUACCCGACCACCGACACCAGAGGUGGAAGCGAGUCCCGUACAAACACGUCCAUCGAGCUUAGUUCUUGACUUUGACCUACCCGCUGCCGCCACCACUCGACCCUCACCACAAGCCCCACCUAGCCCUUCCGCGGAAUCGAUUUGCUACCCUCUCGCGAACGCCUCUGCGCCGGCGCACAUGUACCUUGACCCCGCUUUCUAUGGCGAAGACGACACACCAUCCGUCACAUCCAUAUCCUCAGAUCAGGGAAGUCCGACGUCCUUAACGCGGCUCGAGCGAUCAACAUCUGUUCCGGGACGAAGAGCAGGGGGUGAUUUGGCAAUCCGCGAGCUACCUACGCCUCCGCGCGAGCCGGCGCCUCCUCUCGACCCUUCUGUCUGGACGCCUUCGCCGAUCUCCCCUUCCACAGAUACUUCCGACCUCAUGACAUUCGUGCGUGGCCCGUCCUCCGCAUCCUCCAUCCGACCUAGCACUGCUCCGGGCCUUGCAGACGUUCCCCCAUUCUCCCCGCUCCCUCGGACCACCGGCGCGUUCAACGUCCGCCGACUCCCGCAGGUGCCCGCGCCAGGGCCCGCGGAGCCACUGCCGGACACCCUCCAUCUACGCCACCGAACGCAGUUGGACGACAACGUCGUGCCCGUCCCGCGCGAGAAGCGAAGCAGCGCGCCGUUGCAGAUACGCACGCUGCCGCUGCCGCCAACGCCGACGGCCACGAGCGCCGCCGUCCCACAUAUGCCCGGACCAGAUCCCUACAAGGACGAGGACGCAGAGUGGAUGCGCGCCCUCACGAUGAAUACACGACCUUCCGCGCCCCGGGUGCGCACGUCCCUGUACGACGCGCCCCCGCCCGCAUACAGUACCCUCUUUGACCCGUAACACGACGCUCUCACCUAUCAUUAUCCCCACCUCACCUCACUCCCUCGCGUUCCUGGCGAGUGUCCAUAUGGCUCGUACGCACCAGCGAUGGGGUCAGCGCGCGCUCCACGCCCAUGUAUAUGUAUUUUUCCAUCGUUAAUUCUCCCUGCUGCAUCUACGCUAUAUCCAUAUCGUGCUCACUCCCGGAUCGCAAGCAUAUCUCCCUCAGUCUUCCCCCACAUGUAUCAAGCUUCCUGUACAUAGUCUACCUGCAGUUCUCUGUUGUUGUCUGCUCAACGUUCUUUGGGCCCUUCCUGGCUAACUCGCGCAGUGUAUUGUAACAAUGUUGUGAUGCAAAUAAUCGAAUUCCUUCCUGGCCACGACCUGGUGUGCG